UUGUAGAAACAAACUCAUCUACAUCUUGAAUGGCCGUUUGAAUUUUUGGGUGAACUGUUCCUUUAAAAUCAGGUAUGGUUUUGUGAGCUGACUUCCUUUCAGUGGGUGGUAGAGAAUCAUCCUCUGAGUUUCAAAGCUCUGAAUUACAGUUCCAUCUUAAAGCCUUCUUGAAAGCAUCCAGAUUUCAUCAUCUCAAUGUAUUUUAAUGUCGGAAAUGACACAAAGAUCAUCCAGCAUCUAAUCUGUCUUCUAGUAUGGUGUCAAGCUGUAGAAACAUUAACAGAACUAACAAAUUUGGGACAAAAUGUGUCCAUAAACUGUGAUCUUGAAGAAAAAGAGAUUUAUUGGAUGCUGCUACAACUACCAAAUCGUCCAGUUAUGAUAUUGCGGUUGUUUUCAACUUCGCCAACUCCUUUUUACUACGAUGCAAGUUUCAAAGCCAAAUAUUCAGUGCAACCUAAACAUCAUCUAUUUAUAAACAAUGUCACCCUUGAUGAGUUAGGCAUUUAUUACUGCAUGACCACAGAGGCACCUCCAAGAUUCAGCAACGGCACCAGACUUCACAUCACUGAACCAACUAAAUUACCUGAGUGCCAGAAUCACACUGUGGUGAAGUUUGUUGAGCAGAAACAUACAGUGGUGAAUUUUACCGACCAAAUUCAGAGACCAUGGAUGAUUAUUGUUAUCUUAUCUGGUCUGAUACAUGGUGUUCUGGUCUUUGUGGUCAUUGGUGUGUGUUGCUACUCUGGAGAAAAAUUAAAAAGACAAGAAGAAGAUUUAGAGGAGACUCAGUUCAUGCCUCUGGAAAAACUUCAAGAGACAAAGAUGAUGUAUACUGAGGUGGUCUUUUCCUUGGCGUGUGAAGAGUUUGAACAAAACUGGUGCUUUACUCCUGCAGCACAAAUCAUAGACCGCAAAGCUUGUUCCUGACCUUUUACCAGCGGGGUGCUUAUACUUUUGUUUUAAAUAUAACAUUUCAGUACAUAUGUUUGCUUUCUUAAUUAAUAAAAAAAAAAAAAAAAAUAGA